AUUCAAUUAUUAUAAUCCAAUGAUGAAUUAUCCUAUAAUUCUUAUUAAAGUUAUGAUAUGAGUAAGUGUGAUGAAGAAUUAAAGACUAGUGAUUUAUUUAGAAGAAGGAGUGGCUCAAUAUUAAUUAAUCUUCAAAUUAGCUAAAAGACUGCAUAAUUGAGAAAUAAAGCAGCCGAUGGCUUUGAAAUACAUAUUUGUAUUGUUUAUAGUAUGAAUUAAAGAGGAAGGGAAGGAAAAAAAAGAUUUUGUUUUGAUUAAUACCUGAACAAAAAAAAGAUAUUUCGGAAUAAAUUCAGAAAUAGUUCUUAUAUUGAAGAGCAAUAAGAAAUUUGA